AUGGCUCAACAAUUAACCUGUUUGGUUAUUUUCGUAUCGUUGAUUGUGAAAAGUUUACAAGACUGUGAAUAUGUUGAUAAAGCUUUUAAGUGUACAGGAGGUGAUGAUAAAUCGUUAAUGUUUGAUUUUAAUUCGAAGAAUACAAAUGGUGUACAAGUGGAAGAACUCGUAUUUUCAAAAUUGCCGUUGUCGUCAGUAGAACACUUUCUAAAAGCCCUUCCAGAUGAUGUCAAAGACAACACAAAAAUCAUUAGAAUUAAUGAAUGUGAAGUAAGUGAUAUAUCAGAAGAUAUUAAAGACGAUUAUAAGAAUCUACAAGCUUUAGAUCUAAGUAGAAAUAAUAUUGACAGCUUAGAUGUCGUUACAAAACUUUCAGAGGAAUUGAAGGAACUAUAUCUAAGUAAUAAUAAAAUAUCAGUAGUUACUGAUGAUCUUAAACAAUUACAAAAGUUAGAAGUGAUCGAUCUCAGCUAUUGUAAACUAACCAACGUCGAUUUUACUGUAUUUAAAAACAAUUUAAACCUUACAUUAGUCAACGUAUCUCACAACGAAAUCGUAACUUCAGACUCUCAAGAAUACAUCAAAAAUAUCAAAUGUGUCGACCUCAGCUACAAUAAAAUCUCCAAAUAUACCAACAUACCCUCAUUAUGCCUGGACUUAAGUUACACAGAUAUGCCUGGACAUUAUUGGUACAACAUUUCAGAACAAAAUAAAACAGUUUACAUAGAUAAAUUCUACUUUUCUGGCAACAGUAAGUUGAAGUUGUGGGCUACUAAUGUUAAAAAUGAUUCGUUACCAAUAGAGAUAAAAUAUUUCAAUUUAUCUUACUUCCAAGGAGAUGUAACUGAGCUCGAUUUAAAGAAAAUUAAAGUAAGGAACCUUCUUACUUUACAACAUACCGAUAUUGGUAAUUUAGAUAGGUCUAAGUAUGAUUUUCAGCCGUUGUUUUUCGAAGAAGGUAGCAAUGCUACAUUUGAUCUAUCAUAUUGUUCAAUCAGUGACAUUUCUAGUGACUAUUUUCAAAAUUAUAACUUAGGCAGACUCAAUUUGUGUCAUAAUAAUUUCACAAUCUUAAAGAACAGUGUUUUUAAAGACGCUUAUAUCGUCCAGCUGGAUUUGUGUAGUUCUGGGAUUAAAGAAAUCGAAGACAACGCUUUUUUAAACUUACAUGUAGCUACCUUAAAUUUGUCCAACAACGAAAUAAGCAACUUGAAGUUUUUAAAUAACAUAAAUACUGUGAGGUACGUUGAUUUGUCGAAAAAUUACAUCAGAAGUGUCUACUCCAGAGAUUUGGCAUCUCUAAAAGAUCUAAGAAAGAUUAACCUUGGAGAUAACAGCAUCUUAGUGAUAGAAAGAAACAGUUUUGCUUUGGAUAAUAUAAACAGCGUAGAUUUGAGCAACAAUAAAAUAAGGGAAAUAAAAAAUGGCACUUUUGUGAACAUUACAACAUUGCAAGAAGUAUAUCUGGAAGGUAAUAAUAUUGAAAAUAUCGAAAAUGAUUCGUUUGAGUAUUUGCCAUCCCUACAGACUGUCAACUUGGGUGAUACUGACAUUUAUGUUAUCAAACAAAAAGCGUUUUCCAAUGUUCAAAGUCAGAAUUUUAAUCGGAUCUAUCUGAAAAAUAAUGAAGUUAAUGAUUUACAUUUAGUUUGUAAAAUAUUUAAAUAA